AUGGCAUCUAUACAGCGACAGUGUCGAAAGGUCAUCUGCAUUGGCCGGAACUAUGCAGAUCACAUUACGGAACUCAACAACACCCGCCCGAAGAGACCAUUCUUCUUCCUGAAACCUCCCAGCUCCAUCGCUCCGCCGGAAAAUUGCCACGUCCUUAGACCAAAAGGGGUAAAUCUUCACUAUGAAGUCGAGCUUGGCCUUGUCAUGGGCCGUGAGCUCAGGAAUUCAGAUCCCAACGAUGAACAGGCGGCAAUGGCUGCUAUCCAGGGCUACGUCGUCGCAAUCGACAUGACCGCUCGCAAUGUCCAAGAUUCCGCCAAAAAGGCCGGCCUUCCCUGGACCAUAGCCAAGGGCUUUGACACAUUCUGCCCUAUCAGCAACCUUAUUCCCAAACAUCUGAUCAAAGACCCCCACAAUGUCGAUCUACAUCUCUCCGUGGACAACGAGAUGCGCCAGUCCGACAACUCCGGCUUGAUGCUGUAUCGUAUUCCUCGGAUUCUAGCGGAAAUUUCGCAGGUGAUGACCAUCGAGGCUGGUGACCUGGUGCUCACGGGAACGCCGAAGGGCGUGGGCGAGGUAAAGACCGGACAAAUUAUGAGGGCGUGGGUUACGCAAGAUGGAAAAGAGCUCCAGAAUGGGAGAGUAGAGGCCGAGGUGAAAGAUUCAAUGGGAUGUUUUGAAUUUGGGGAUUUUUAG